AUGCAGCAUCAAGAGUCUUCUCCGAAACUUGGAGGAUCAACCUCUUCUGAAAUGUCGGUAUCAACUCAACACAAUCAUUUGGCUUCUUUAUAUCCCGAAGAACCAGAAUGGUUGAAAACAAGACAAUUUCUGACUCAUGAUUUUCUGAAGAAACAUUCCGAGGUUGUACAACAUCAACAUCACAAUUCCACUAACUUCUCUAACAACACAUUAGACAAUUUACCAUCCAAAGUUCAAGAAUUUGUCAUCAUUGAGGAAUUAUUUAAUUGUUUGAUGGGUUUUGAAGGAAAAUAUAUCAAAUGUGUAUCGGAACAUGAUCAUGACCAAUUAAUGACUGAAAAUGGGUCUCUCUUGAUAGACAAAACCAUUGAAUCAUUCAAAUAUUCUCUGAAUUGUGUUAUAGAUUCCUCUUUAAUGGAUUUGGUGAAUAGAAUACUACCUUUGUGCGAAAAGCAUGCGAGAGUUUGCAAUUUUUUAGACAAACGAGCUAGUUACGAAAACGGAGUUGUAUGCCAAGCUUUUUGCUCUGCGUUGCGAUCUCUUGAGAAAGAAUACAUGAUGUUCAUCAAUCAAUUAGACUUGUUAUUCAAACAAGAUCAAGUCAAUAUUCAAAAAUUGUAUUAUCAUUUGCAAACAGGAGCGUGGAAAACCAUGGACAUUCUUGACAGACUGAUUGAGGAAAUUACAAAAGAAAAUGCUAAAGGAGGUUCCCUUAUUAACAUCAUUCAACGAGUUUCAAAAACUAUUAGUACCGAUGAAAAAACUCAAAAACUUUUUAAUUUUAUUUUAAACAAGUCAUGUGCUCCAUAUUUUGAAAUGAUAGAAAGCUGGAUAUUUAAGGGAGAAAUUGAGGAUGUGUUUGGAGAAUUUUUUAUUGAGGAGAACAAACAAAUUGUGAAGGAACAACUUGCUAGAGAUUUUAAUUCAAGUUAUUUGGAGUCAAAAUACAGCAUAACGAGGGAGGUUCCAUUCUUCCUCUCCAAGAUUAGCGACAAAGUUCUGGCAUGUGGAAGAUAUUUGAGCUUGUUGAGCGAAUGUGGACAAAAGUUUGAAAAGAAGAUUGUGGACAAGAUUAAUUUUGCCGAUGGAAAAGCCCUAUCUAUUAUCGAAGAGGCCUAUGCAAGCUCAUCUAAACAAAUUAUUGAAUAUUUCUUUGGAAAGGUCAAGUUACUGGAUCGCCUCCAUUCUCUAAAACACUAUUUCCUGUUCGAUCAUGGCGAUUUCUUUGUUCAUUUUAUGGAUACAGCAGAGCAAGAGAAUGAGCUUGCCAAAAAGAGCACAGAAGUUUCCCUCUCCAAACUUCAAUCCUCCAUUGAUUUCGCUGCACGGACAUGCUCCAUUCCAAAUGAUGAAUACAGGGACGCUCUCUCUUGCAGUUUGAAGCCGCUGAAUUUAGCAAGCUUUUUGAGCAUUAUCAAGCAACUCUCUUCUUCGAAUCGCUUAGACACAGCACUGUUGGAGCAGCAACAAUUGCAAGAAUCAGCAGCCAUUGAAGGAUAUGAAGCCUUUUGUCUCGAGUACAAUGUCGAGUGGCCAAUGACACUUUUCAUUAACCGAAAGAAUUUGACCAAAUAUCAAAUUCUUUUUAGACAUCUAUUUUGCUUCAAGUACACAGAGAGGUGUCUCUGCAAUACAUGGAUCAAUCACAAAUUCUCUAAGGAACUGAAUUUGGGAAAAUCUUUUGCCUCAUUCUAUGCAUUGAGACACAAAAUGAUACACUUCAUUCAACAUUUCCUGUCGUAUGCUCUCAUCGAAGUUGUGGAAAAGAAUUAUGUAGAAAUGGAACGCAAAAUUAGGCAAGCCACAACACUCGAUGAGGUGUUGAAAAGCCAUGAACAAUUUCUCGACUCCUCACUCAAUGGCUGCCUUGUCUCGUCCAGUGACGCCUUCAAAUGUCUCAACAAACUUCUCACUUGCUGCAAUCUCUUUUCCAAGUACAUGAACCAAUUCUCUUCAGCAAUAUCAAACAACGUGGCGGAGGGCCUUUCAGAACAAGCAGCACUAACAGAUGGUCAAACAUUUGAGCAUAGACGAGAACGACUUGCUCAAUCCUCUGAAAUUGCAAGAAAUACUGCCCAUGAUGACAGUUACAAUCGAAGUAUUGCCAAAUUUACUCAAACCUUUGAGAGUACUCUGAAUCAACUCAAAAGUCAUACUUCACAUAUUUUUACCUUGUCUAUGAGCUUUGAAAAGGAAGAUGCAGUUGUCACGAGUAGUAGUGGUAGUGUAUUCUAUUGA